GCUUUACUGUCAUUAUUUAGUUUUUAUAAUCCUACUAAUUAUAAAGCUUGUUUGAAUUACUGAUAUAUACAGUGAUGAAGAGGAAAUGAAAGGGGAUGUUUUGAUUAAUGUUUGUCAAUGUAGGGAAUAACUUCUAUUCAACAAUAAAAAAUUAAAAUGGCCUGUUUAUGGAGUUAGGAUAAGACAUGCCAACACAACAAAUUGCUGUUCAACCACUUCAAGAUGUUGAAAAAGAGAUGAAAGAGGCUCCUAGCCUAAUGAAGCCUCAAGACAGUACAAAUGAGACUGUACAGAUAGAUCAUGGAACCAUUAUUCCAAGAGAUCAAUGUGAAUCUCAGAUGUCAACAUUAUCAGGCAAUGGGGAUAUCUGUAGAAUAUGUCAUUGUGAAUCAGAAACAAACAAUUUACUUAUCUCCCCUUGUUUGUGUUCGGGAAGUUUGAAAUAUGUUCACUCAUCGUGCCUACAGAAAUGGAUCAAAAGUUCAGAGAAACGCAGUUGUGAAUUAUGUAAAUUCGAAUUUAUUAUGACAACUCAGACCAAACCUUUCGGUCAGUGGGAGAAAUUAGAAAUGACCUCAGCAGAAAGAAGAAAGAUCAUUUGCUCAGUUACAUUCCAUAUUAUAGCUAUAACUUGUGUUAUAUGGUCUCUUUAUGUUUUAAUUGAUCGAACCACUGAAGAAGUGUCAAAUGGUAAUUUAGAUUGGCCGUUCUGGACUAAACUAAUCGUAGUUGCUAUAGGUUUUACAGGUGGACUCGUAUUUAUGUAUGUCCAGUGUAAGAUGUAUUUUCAGUUGUGUUUAAGAUGGCGUGGUUAUAAUAAAGUAAUUAAAAUAGAAAAUGCUCCAGAAGAUGAAAAUGUCAGAGCUGAAGCUGCAGCAAGGAUCAAAGCCCAGGUUCAUGAAGGUGGUAAUAUUAAUUCUAUAUCAUUAGAUGAGAUAGAUUCCAUCUAAAAACGAAUAUUCUGUAUCUUUUGUAUUUAUUUUGUCUGUUUUAUUAAGGUUUUAAUUUGUUUUUUAUUGUAUAGUGGUAAUUAUGUUAAAUCGGUAACAUGUAGAAUUUUAUGACACAAUGACUAAAAAUACUGGAAGAGUUGGCAUGUGCUAUGCUCCACUAACCAUGUAUAUCUAAUGGAACUGAAAUGUAUUGUUUUAUAAUUGAAACUAAAAAUAUCUGAUGGUGUACGUGAUGCUAAAUGACCUAUUGGACAGUUUUGACCACUCGCAGCAGAGCUAUCAGCUUAUUUCUCCUCUGAUCUCUGAACUCAUUGAAUCAAUUUUUAUAACAACUACUAACAUUAUGAUUAAAAUGUUCACCAAGAUAACUUUCUUGGGAGGACUUCACUUGUCAUCUAUGAUCCGAUGCUAUUGGAUUGAAGGCGUAUGAAAACUCAACCAAUCAAAAUGCUCUUGUCUUCAAAAAGAUUAAUCACUGUGAGUAUAUUCAAUACUUAAAAAGGAAAAGAAAGAAAGAAACAACUAUAUUUAUAACACAGUUAAGGUCCUAGCUGGUCCUUGGCCAAAUCUCUUGGCAUUGAUCUUUCUCAGAUUAACCAUACCCAUUUACUUAUUUAAGG